AUGUUUACUUGGACGGUCUCCAAAACCAGCCGGCCGGCUGCUGAAGAAAAGUCCUUGCCGAGAAACAGAGACAUCUUCAGUGUCAUUGUCACUCCUGAUCGCAUCCCCAAAUUCUGCAUACCUUCCUUAGACGUGGACCACUUUGCAACUCAGCCUGAGACAGUGGGAGAUCCUCAGGAAGAGUCUCUGGGGAACAGACCCUCUGGGGAACCUGCCAAAAGACCCAGACCUAUCCGAAGCAAGUCUGAGAUGUGUGUUCGAAACGGAGGCAUUCUACAGCAACAGGUUUGUUGCAGACGAGAAACCCUGUGUCUGAGAGAUAUGGCUGUUCCUUCUGAACAUUUAGAAAGGGGAGGGUACCAUUCAGAUCCUGUGACACAGGCUGCUUUUUCCCUGCCCCACCUCCCUAAAAUCACCACCCCGUAUGGGUUCUUGACAUUGGGAGAAAGCCCCAACAUCCGAAGGAAAGAAUCUCUGUUCUUUGAGUAUGGACCUGCGGAGCUCAGGAUUCUCUUGUCCCAAAAGAAGGAGACAGCCUGCCUGUCACAACAUCCAGCCCUUCCUCUGACUGUUCACAGCCAACCAAAGAGCCAGGGAAAGUCCUCCAGCGGGAGCCCCAGGCCUGUUUUGUGGGACAAACAUUGCAAUAAAGAGGCUCCCUCUCCUCUCUGCUAUGCUCCGAGUUCUGAAAGAUGCACAAACAAAUGUAAGAAGAAAAGAUUUCAGCUGCUGAUGAAGAGACACCUGCCCAGCAUUAAGAGAUUGCGAUCAAACCGUGCACCAGACAAAAGGACAGUGAUUGAGUCAGAGAGUUCGCCAAGGGGCCUGGUCUCCUGA